AUGCUACCCGUUACACUUCUGAAAGCUGCAACGAACUUGCCAAUGCUUGUUGAAUUGAAAAGUGGUGAAACAUACAAUGGUCACCUUGUCGCUUGUGAUGACUGGAUGAACAUUCAUCUGAAAGAAGUUAUUUGCACAUCUAGGGAUGGAGAUCGUUUCUGGAAAAUGCCAGAAUGUUACAUACGUGGGAGUAUUAUCAAAUAUUUACGGAUUCCAGAUGAUGUGAUUGAUAAGGUUAAAGAGGAUUUACAGCUCGCGAAAAUGCGCAGUCGUUCUCAGUCCGCAGAUACAGGAAGAGGAGGAUUCCAUCGAAAUAAAGCCAAAGGUCGUGGAGGCAGCACCCCUGCAAAUCGUGGUCGUGGAGGUGCAGGCCGUGGUGGAAGUAUGCCUGGUGGACCUAGCCGUGGUGGAUUUCGUGGUAAAUAA